AUGCUGCAAAACCUCUUUUAUUGCCCAAGACUGGCAAAUGAAUUUGGAUGUUGUGAAAGAGAUCCAUAACAGUGUACUGUCUCUUCUGCACUUUUGUUUAUAAGCAUGUGCGCAUGCAAAGUGUAUGUUUAUGCUGAAUAGUUAGCAUGAGAACCCUCAGUGCACUUGAUAGUGCGCAUAUGUCUUGUGUAAACAACGUUGUAAAAUAGAAUAACAUGUUGGAGGCUUCUGAAUAUUACUUUCAUGACAUGAGUACCGACCAGUAGAGAAACACACGUUGUGAUUUGUUUUAUUGGCCUCGUAAUAUUUCAAUAAGCACCGAUCACUCUCAAUCACGUGCUCAAAGAUUUUUUGCAUUCCCACUGUGGAGUCUGCAGUGUGUGUGUCGUGGCUGCCUGACCAGUGAGUAAUGACCCACCCCCGCUAACAGAGGUGGUAGAUCCCAGGAAACAUCAGACCAAUCAUUAGUCUCCUCUGUAAUCAGGUUGUGCUGACUAAUUGGCUAACACCAGCCAGGAGAGCCCGCAUCCCUCCAUUUGCGGCACGGUUUAUGUGAAAUCGGAAAAUGGGUGAGGUGGAACUACAGGCCAGACCAUUUCUAACACGGGGGAUGACCCGAGUCGAUGCGGCAUGUGAUAGUCAUUCCACACAGGCAUUCCGCCGGGGAAUAUUUUCUUCCAACCAAGGAUGCGCCGGCUGUCCGGUCCUCUGAAGGGGAACGGUUCAUCUGCCUUCACUGGGCAGAUGCUUUGAUCAAAUUUGGAAGAGGCCUCACUGGAUUUGAUGAAGCCGUGGACAUUGCUAUCAAGAAACACAGCUUUUCCCUGGAAUUAUAAAAAUCAAUCUUUCAGGACUUGCCGGAAACGGUUCUGAUUUCAGGCUUGCUGUUUCUGAGGAAUUGACACUGAUACAAUGGUACAGUGCUCCAACAUUUUUCGGUGAAUGUUUGUGGAGACGAUUUCUUUGGAGGAGUACCGGUUCAUACCGGUACCUGGCUUCCAGCUGGGAUCUGUACACUUGAUGUGUUCUUCAUUUCCUUGAAGCAGGAAUCGUUUGGAAAUAAUUGCGUGGUACUCUCAUCAAACGAGAUUCUCAGAAAUUCCAGAAUGGGCACACAGAAUACAGACCCCAUUGAGGACAUCAUGACGACCAUGGACCGCCUCCAGCAGGAGCUGGACAACCUGGACAAGGCCCGGGAUGAGCUGACCACCAACCCCAAGGGCUACUCCACCCAGACCGUGUCCUCCGCCCGCAUCUACUCCACCCAGCCCAAGAAGUAUGCCCCCGUCACCGCCCCCAAGCCCGUCCGGCCCAAGCCGGCCGGGAACGGGAGUGCCCUUCCCCCGCCUGGCCCCCACAGCAAAGCCCCGCCCCCGGCGACGAUGCCCAAACCAAAUCGGGCCACGAUUAAGGUCCCGCCGGCUCCGCCACCCAAAACAUCUCCACGUCAUCAGCAGUUUAGUACGGCAGCUCUGCCUACUCAGGAGGAUUUCCUCCCCCCCCCCCCGCCUGCUUCCAAGCCCGCCUACUCUUCCCCGGGCGACGACUUCCUCCCACCGCCUCCCCCAGAGCUCAUGGGAGGGGGCGGGACCCAGCAGGACACACCCUUGCCCCCGCCCCCACCCCCUGCGGCCCCCGUGACGAUGCAGACAUACAAUGAGCCACGCCCCCCUCCCCAGCCCCAACCUAGCUACAACAAGCCGGCGUACCAGCGCGUGCCGCCGCAGCAGCAGAACGUCCCGCCCGAACCGCCCAAGAGCUAUGCCGGGCAGUCGGCCGUGCCCAAGCCCACCGACCAACCCAUCACGGCGCCGGCUCAGAAGGGAACGGAGGCAGAGAUAGAUGCACUGACCAACCUGCUGAUGCAGAAUAUGGAAGUGGCGCCUGACGAGGGCGAAUUCUUCGGCAUCUGCGCCAAGUGCGGCCAGAAGGUGGUAGGGGACAACAACGGCUGCACGGCCAUGGACCAGGUCUACCACAUUGACUGCUUCACUUGCGACACCUGCCACACCAAGCUGCGGGGGUUCCCCUUCUACGCCCUGGAGGGCAAGGCUUUCUGCGAGACCUGCUACAUGGACUCACUGGAGAAGUGUUCAACCUGUUCCAAACCAAUUACUGAGAGGAUCUUGAGAGCCACCGGUAAGCCCUACCAUCCCCACUGCUUCACCUGCGUGGUCUGUGGCAAGAGCCUGGACGGCAUACCGUUCACCGUGGACGCAACCAACCAAAUUCACUGCAUCGAGGACUUCCACAAGAAGUUUGCACCACGAUGCAGCGUCUGCCUGCAGCCCAUCAUGCCCGAGCCGGGUCAGGAGGAGACCGUCCGCAUUGUGGCCUUGGAUCGCAGCUUCCACGUCAAUUGCUACAGGUGUGAGGAUUGCAACGUCCUGUUGUCCUCGGAGGCAGAUGGUCGCGGUUGUUUCCCCUUGGACGAUCACAUCCUGUGCCGAGAUUGCAACACUAAACGCGUCCAGGCCCUCACCGCACCGUAGAUACAGAAACAUGUUGCCAUGGAGAUCAAGUAACACCAGUUUUCUUAAAACGAUUGUUCAACUUUCAUAGUUUGUUUACCCCGUCACUUUACCUGGUCUACAUUUCAGAGUUUUGGGAAAAAUGUAAACACUUUUUACCUGAAAAUUCCAUUUUGCAUUGUAUAAUAGCUGUGCUCCUAACCCUCUGAGGGCACUUUUGUCAUAAGGCAUCAAGAUAAAUGCAAGGACUGGUAAGCUUUUACAAACGGCCAUCUUGUCCUGAGGGCGCUGUGAAAGCAGUCAUUAUUGUCACCUUAGCACUUUCAAAUGCCCGAUUCUUAACACUCGUCAACUCCCUCAUGGAGCAAGGUGUCUCAUUCUGUGCCCAAAACUCUUUGACGGUAGCCUCCAGUAGCAUGCUGUGGGACACUGUUUCAACUGUUAGCCAGUGGCUUUCAUAGCCACACGAUCAGUAAGCAGCCAUGGUCAAGACUUCCAUAGCCACACAUGUUUUAAGCAGCCGUAGCCUAGACUUUUGGUGACUAGCAUUUACUCGGGCUCACAGCCCAGUAGAGGUUGUGAAUGUCUGAUGAGGCAGAUGAUAGUUUUUCCAGUGCAACCAUGCAUGUCUUUGAAGAAGUGUGGUCCUGAAAAGGACCGAGUCUGGAUCACUUGUCUACGGCUGGAAAUUACGCAUGAGUCUAUGGCUUUGGCCGCCGCCAGUUCCCAUGAAGUCAUGUGUAAUUUCCAGUUGUAGCCAAGUGAUUCGGACAUGGCCUAAGAGUAUCUUUGACAAUAGCUUACUCUGCUUGGCUUCAGGGACAAAAAGAGAACACAAUUUGUAAGGUCAAGAAUACUCCCAUUAUCCACCUCAGUGCCACACCACGCAACACCGCAAAUCAUACUUAAUAUCUGUCGUGUUUGAUCUUUAGCAAGGGCUGAUCAUUUCUCACACACUGAGUAGCUCAGUGUUCAUGUUUUCCACUCAUUAAAUGACGGCGUUAUAUUAAGUUCACCAGCAGUUAGGAAGUUGGAACUCUGAAACUUCAGCGAAGGAUUGUGUCUUCUGUGUAAGUGCUGUCGUUACUCUAGAAUAGCCAUGGUCUUUGAAUAAUGAAGACUGCAUAGUUGAGAUUGACCUAGACUUAGCUUUGUCUAAUCUAUGCAAUGUAGAAUUAACAGAUUUUUAAGAAAUCAUAUAUUUUAUGCAUCACGGUGGUCUGUAAAGUUUGAUAUGUUGAGGAAUUGAUUGAGAAUUCUAGAAAGCCUGAUUGGGCUACAACUUGGGCUUCUUCAGGUUUCAGGUUUCUUUUUUUUAUUUCAGGAUUAUUUGACUGGUAUUGUUGCAAGCUAGCAUGCUAAACCAGUAAAUUUUGCUACUAGAAAAUGUCCUUGUUGAAAGCUGCAGAUAUUCAGAUAAUUUCCAUUUCUCCAUUAGGUUCUAAAAAUAAAAUAAGUUAAGCGAUACGUAAUCUGGACUCGAAUUUGUAAGAGUCUUAGGCAGUUGUGAGAGAAAGCAACCCCUCACAUGAUCGUGCAAGUGAUUUUUCACACUUUUGCAACUGAAUUCUAUGAAGAACUGGUGCCUAGAAAAUAUGAAAAAAGAUGGCUUGAACAGUACAAAAGCAGAAUUAAUGUAAUUAUACCCUUAUCGCAUUGGGAAUGCAUAAACCUUGUUGCAUGCUGGUUAUUUGUCUUUAGCUUUGAUGCAUCAUUGGAGCAAUACAUACAUGCCGUUUGUCAUUUAAAGUACAGUGUAUUAAGCAAUACUUUGAAGUUGAUUGUUUUGUUUUGGUAGAUCAGUUUAUGAGUGGAUUCUUUUAUUUUUUUUACUGAAAAAAGUAGAGAGCUCUUUGACUGUGUACUCGGGCAUUUAUACAGUAGACGUGAUGGGAGAAGCUUGUUGGAUCCACACAGCAGCUGUGGUUAACAAUUUAUAUACCAAACAAGUUAGGCAAAAUUAGCUGUGCUAGUUUGGUUUUUUUCCUGUUGGUAUAGACUGGUACCUUUUGCUUCAUUUAGCAAGACAAGGUUUUUUUCACUCUGUGCAAGUGUCUACCAGAGAGACUUCAUGAUUGCAUGAGUCCAUGAAGUUCUCACACAUCACCCAACCAGCUGCACAUUCAGGAGUACAAUAUGUAAGCCAGUACUGGGAUACCCUUUUUACUAGCUAGUUCUGUAAGUGCUAUACACACAGACACAAAGUAUUGUCUAACUGAACACAGCCCAGUUAUAAUUGACACUGAAAGCGAACAUAGCUCAGCAUCGUAACAGAAAAAGUAGACAGUUGUACAGUUUUGAUUUGUAGUGUGAUUUCAUCGUUGAAUUGACUUACGUUCUGUUCUGUACAAGUUAUAUUUAGGUUAGAUUUUCCCCUGUCAUUUAAAUAGUGUCAGUCAAAUAUUCAUAUGCAACUUAUUCAACAUUUUGGUUUUAAAAAAGUAAACAUUAUGUGUGCUUAAAGCUCGGUCUUAUAUUUUCUCAAAGAAUAUAUCAUUCGCCUAUAAACAUUUGUAUUAUUUUUGUGUGAUUCCCUUUGCACAAGUCAUUAGUUUUCUCCUGUUUGUUCAAGCUGUACUACUUUGAAAACUGCUGAUUGGAAAAGUCAUUUUGCAUUCAAUUAUUAAUCUUCUGACAAGGUAAACAUUGUCACUUCCUUGUACCGGCUUUGCCAGUCAAAUCACAGAUAUUUAAUACCUUUUCUAAAUCCCAUAUUAUUGUUUUCCUUUCCAACCAAAGAUGGGCAUUUAGUAUUAAAAACAGUAUCUCUUAGUAUCUCAAGAUUUAGUUGAAUAUCUCCAGAUAUUUAGCAUUUGCCUUUACCUUUGUCCAUUUGUUUUCCAAAAGGAGGGUGGCAAAUUAAAGUUUGUAGAAGAAAAAAAGCAAACUAAAACCUGUAUUAACGCCUGUUGACCAGACUUCAUGCAAAUAAUGUUUGUGUAAGUAAAUGAAUGCCAAAAAUGAACUAGUAUUUUUUUGGAUAGUUUUAGGCUUAUUAGAUAACCCAAAGUGAAACUAAUACUUUUCGUCAGUACCUGAUAAUGUACCUUUUGUUUCAUAAUUAUGCUGAAAUAUGCCAUAUUUAUUAAUCCGUCAAUAAAAAAGACUAAUAAGA